AUAUUGGAACGUUGUCGAGGAUGGUCGUGCACACGUUAGUUUACGCGUGAACAUCCCCAGCAAAGAAGAAGAAGAAAACAACAGGAGAAGAAGAGCGCAAGCAGCAGCUGCGAGAAAGAGAAGCAAAGAAACAUUUUCCAACCAGAGGAGAUUGCAGAUUAAUAAAUUGUUACACAAAGUUUGAAUUGUUGAAUGUUUCCAAUCUACGAUUGAAGCAGUUCUAAAGAAAAUUGUAUCUCACGAUUGCUGUUUUAUCGAGAGGGAGAGAGAGAGAAAGAGAGUGUCUGUGCGAAUGUGAAGAAGGUAAUUUCAUCUGCGAAUAACCAGUGAAAAUUUCAUCCAAUUUCAUCAUUCUGAAGAUCAAAAGUUGGUUCAAUUUAAAUUUUCAAAAGUGAUAUUUGUGGGCAAAAUAAAAUAAAAAAAAGUUCUUGUAAAUAGUCGAGUUUCCAGUCAAAAAAGGUGUGUCCCGAAGCUGGCAGCGGAAUAAUACGGCGGAAUGUGGCCGCCCAUCUUCUUUCCCGGAACGGAUGUUGUAUCUAUCUAGCUGGAGGUCAAAAGUUGUCCGGGCUACCAGCAGCGGUUCCCCCUCCCACGUUCCCCACUGCGGGGGAGCGGUGCGUGUGGAGAUUGUCCCCUUUCCUGUGUGAGUUCCGAGGGGGGGUUUCUUUCUGUGAACAAGUGUUCUGGAGCCGUAGGGGAAUCGGUUCCCCGGAAGAGGUGGUUCCCGAGGCUCCCGUAAUCCCAGAAAGUGUGGCCAAUUUGGGAGUGCAAGUGCUUGAGCAGAUUCCAAAGCAGCAGAUUGGCCCAAAUUGAGGCCUUAAUCCAGCAAAACCGAGUGAGCUUUUGGAAGUUCCAGCAAUUUCCGGCAAAAUGAUGUAACAAUCGCACCCCCGGGCAGAGAACCGUCGCCGCGUGUGACCUCCGUCGUCGGUCGGUCACUUCCGGACGUCCCGAGCCGUCGUCGUGAUCGGUCGCGGUUCAAAUUCGCGAAUCGCGAGUGCAAAUCUCUCUACUUUUCUCUAAAAUAUCAAAAUUUCCCAUCAAAAAAAUAUCUAGUUCUGCUGUUUUUAUUUUUCCCAAAUGGUGUUCCCGGGGUAAGUGUGCGUGUUUGUGUGUGCAAAGUGAGUGGAGAAGAAGAGGAAGAAUCAUAGAAAAAAGGAGCCCGACAAAACCGUUAUUUCGAGCGGCGUGGGUCGUGACGGAGCGCACCCCGGAACCCACCCCGGAAAAGAAAAAUCGUCUCCAUGAAGCACCUGAAGCACGAUGGUACGCGAGACUCGACAUCUUUGGGUUGGAAACUUGCCCGAAACGGUACGCGAGGACAGAAUACGAGAGCAUUUUAAGAGAUAUGGCAGAGUUCAAAGUGUUAGACUUAUCACCUCUCCAGCGUAUAAUCCCGCCUCCUCCCCGUACACCGGCAGCGUGUCCUCGUCGGCAGGUGGUGGCAGUGGCGGCUGCAGCAGCGGAGAAAGUGUCCACAACGGCUCACCUGGUGGGGGUGACUUUGACAGCGGUUUGGCCCCGCCACGGGCGGCAGGAUCGGUGGUGGUUCUCGGUUCUAGCGCUGCUGCGGGCUCGGCAACGCACGGAACGACGACCGAUUUUAGCAAUAGUAACAACAGUAAUAGUCUUGGUAGUCAUAAACAUAUUCCUAGUUCAGCAGCGUCGGCGGGCAGCGUUAGCAGCAAUUGCAGCAGCAGUAGCGUUAGCAGCGACGGAAAUGGUCUGGUCAUCAGCAUCUGCGCGACGAUCGCCUUCAUGGACAUCAAGUCGGCGUCCAAGGCCCACACCGCCGAGCACAAGUUCGACGAUCGAAUACUGACCACGGAAUACUACGAGCCCUCGCUGCUGCUCAACAUGCCCCCGGCCGUGGCCCCAUCAACGGCGCCGCAGACGACGAAUGCGCCUCCGACCGUCAAUUGUAGUACAACGACUCCUUCCGGUGAUAGCAACAACGGUAGCGCAAUGCAAAAGUACGCUGGCAACACUGCUGCCGGUAGCCUAGGAAGCAACAGCAACCUUCAGUAUUCAAGUUCCGUCACCGCAGCAGCAGCAGCAGCUAGUAACGCCAUUAGCAAUAACUGUAUCAACGGUGGUAGUGUUGUUGUUUGCAAGUCUGAUUCCCUGUCCCACCCCUGCUCUUCCUCCUCUUCCACCUCUGGUAAACUGCUAGGGUUUAGUGACGAUCAGCCGCAGCUACAGCAGCAGCACAACUCGUCGCUCUACGAGUGUAGUAACAAUGGCAAUAGUGGCACUGGUGUCAGUAGUAGUAUUAGAACGGCAAACUUUACCCGUCUGCAAGGGGACCUGGAUGCCGGGCAAUGUAACACCGGCCCGGGUAACAUCAACGGUCGCAGGAUGUCGGUCAUCGAUGGGGGGCUGCUGAACCGGGGUCGGCCACGGGAUCGACAGCACUACCGCAACGGACCGUACGCGGCGCCACCGACAACGGCGAACCCGACCACUACGACGCUACUUCCGGAGAGAUCCAACCCAAUCAAUCACCACCGAUUAUCGUCCACCGGUAGCUGGUACAACGGCAACAACAGCAGCAGUGGCAGCAACAGUGGUGAUAACGCAUCGAUCUCCGGACCAGCAGUAGCUGCAGCACCCGCGACAGGUCCAGUGACGCCCACCGGAUCGAAUCCACCUCCGCCGCCACCAUCGUCGGCAGCGACCUUGGGCGCCAGUGUGAUCAACGUCAACAACAACAACAGCUAUGACAGCUUCCUGGUGAAAAGCCAAAACCACGUCGUCGUGGGCGGUCACUUUGCAGCGAGCCACAACAGGUCCCGGUCCCGGUCGCGGUCACACUCGCCCAGCAGCUCGUGCUCGUCAACGAACAGUACCACCACAAGCCAAUCGAAUGAGACCUCGUCGACGACCCGAAGUCCGGCGAAUGUGCUGCUGCUAGGUGGAGGAGGUAAUAGUCGGGAGGCCCGGUCCGAUCGACUAGACCAACAGCAACAGGGUGCCGUACGGGGGAGCCUGCAUAGCGCGGUUGCGAGCGUCAGUAGUACCAACAAUGGUGGCAACAGCUCGGGCGCCAGCAGCAGCAGCGGUUCCGGCGGAGGCAAUCUAAACUGUCACUCGGACGACAACCGUCCGCUGGCGAUCUGCGUACGGAAUCUGCCUGCGCGUUCGUCCGACACAUCGCUCAAGGAUGGCCUGUUCCACGAGUACAAGAAGCACGGCAAAGUGACGUGGGUGAAGGUCGUUGGCCAAAGUACCGAUCGGUACGCGCUGGUGUGCUUCAAGAAGCCGGAGGAUGUUGAGAAGGCACUGGAGGUGUCCCACGACAAGUUGUUUUUCGGUUGCAAGAUUGAAGUAGCGCCCUACCAAGGCUACGACGUCGACGACAACGAGUUCCGGCCUUACGAGGCGGAGCUGGACGAGUAUCAUCCCAAGUCCACCCGGACGCUGUUCAUCGGGAAUCUCGAGAAGGACAUCACGGCGGGCGAGCUGCGCAAGCACUUUGACUGCUUCGGCGAGAUCAUCGAAAUCGACAUCAAGAAGCAGGGUGUGAGUGCGUACGCGUUUUGCCAAUAUUCGGACAUUGUGAGUGUAGUGAAAGCCAUGCGUAAAAUGGACGGUGAACAUUUGGGCAGCAACCGAAUCAAGUUGGGGUUUGGUAAAUCGAUGCCCACCAAUUGUGUAUGGAUCGACGGAAUCGCGGACAACUUUGGCGAGGGUUACCUCAAGUCUCAGUUUGAUCAUUUUGGGGCGGUUUCGCAAGUGACGAUCGAUCGGGAACGAAAGCUUGCGUUAGUGUUUUUUGAGCAAGUUCAGUGCGCGCAAGCGGCCGUCAAAGAGAUGCGCGGAACGACGUUACGGGGUCGCAAGUUGCAAGUGGAUUUUGCGUCGCGCGAGUGUCAGGAAGCGUUCUUCGACAAGUUGGACAAGCAGUUGAGUGUUUCGUUCGGAUCGCCACGGUUCGAGGCGGGCACGGGCAGCCGCUAUGCAAACAAUCGGUACGUGGACAAUCCUGGCCGGAGUCGAGCGACGUCGUUCAGCCGGCCCGGAAAUCCGCUCAGUCUCAGUGGGGCCGUGUCCCCGCGGCACGAUCCCUCGCCGGUAGCGUCAAGCAGGGGAGGUGCCGGUGGCAACUCCAGUUCCCGAUCUCGAAUCGUUCGAUACUCGAGCGAAGACUAUUACCUGGACGGCGGCGGCGGCAGUGGUGGUGGUGGUCCAAACAGCCACGGCAAUUCCGAGCGGAGAUUCCGUAGCUACGACGAGUACAGCCAAGGGUCGGCGGCAAGCUCGCACGAGGACGUGUACGACCACGAAAGCUACGGCGGCGCCAGUGGGACGCAUCCGCGGAGUAGUGCCCACGAUCGGCCGCAGCCGACGUCCACCUCCGAUUCGCCGCCACCCUCGGUUACCUCCAGCAGUGGGCUGUCCUCGUCGAUACAGUCCCGGCUCGGGGACGUCGAUCCGUCGGUGGCCCUCAGCAGGAAGCGAAGCGAGAAGAGUCCAGGUGAUAUACGAUAUUUACAAAAGGAGAGAGUACAUAUUUUAGAACAAUUAGAAGAAUGCCCGUCCAGUGGUGAUGAGUUAGUGAGUCCAAAGAAACGUAUAAAAUACAAUUCAGAUGCUCACCACGGCAGUUGUGACCCGUCUGAUCAUCAUCAUCCUCAUUAUUCUUCUUCGGCUGUGGUAGCUUCGGCCAGCGAAGCGGUGUCCAGUGGCGAUCCGGCGGCGUUGUCCGGCACGAACAACAGCAGUGGCGGCGGCGGACACCAUCACUACAGCGGCAGCAAUAACAGUAGUAAUCAUUACAACAGUCACCAUCACCACCACCACCACAACAAUAGCGAGAGCGGCGUGCAGUCGUCCGGCCACCGCAAGUGCGUUGAGGUCCGGCGCCUGUCGGACUGCAACCUGCAGCAAUCAAAAUCGUUAUCAAGCCAAUCAACGCCUUCAUCUAUGCAUAGUAACAAUAAUAGCAGAAGACCGUCCACUGACAGCACUUCGUUGCAUCAAAGACAUGGUAGCAGUAGCAGUAAUAGUUCUUCCAGUUUACAACAAUCACACCUAGAUAGCGGCAGCGGAAGUGGGGGCCACUCGUACUCGCACUCGUUGAACAAGCGCCGGAAAACGAUCCUCAACAGUGACAAUAGUAUGACUGUAAUCGCUAGUGCGGGCUCUACCUCGGUGUCGUCCAACGAGCACCACCAUUCGUCGCGUGGCCGAGGUCACCAGCUGCACUCGAUACAUUCGCACGAAGCGAGCGGGGGCGAAAGUGCCGACGGUUCCCGUCCCGGAACACCUCUCUGUGAUGAGCGCCCGGAAAACCUUCCACCGAGCGAACCCAGACGAAUACCCACGAGUCGAUCGUACAAUCAAGAGCCCCUCAGUCUACCGUUGCCACGAUUCGCGAUCCAGUUCCUGCAACAGUACCGAUUGCAGCAGCAGCAAUCCUCGUCGGCGUCGUCAUCGUCAACUGCUUCAAGCUCAUCGGCGACGUCGGCACUGCCGAGUUCAACCACUUCAACGCUGUUCCCUUCCGCGACUGUCUCAUCGAGUGCAUCGACUGCUCUAAGCUCGUCGUUGCAUUCUGCUUCUGCUGCUGCGGUCAUCGCCGCAUCCAGUGGUGCUCUACCUGCUGCGCUAUCAUCUAAUUCUAGUCUACUACACAACACUUUGUCGAGUCCACCACCAACGCAUUCAUCCAAGCUGUCACUGCUGAUACCUCCUAGUGUGGGUGUGGCAGCAGGUUCCGGAAGCGGUAGCAGUACCACUACGGGAAACACCCCAGCCAGUGCAAGCACCACAAACAUCUUGGAACAUGGAUCGAACCAGGCCCCUGCCAGCCCACUCCGACCGCCCUCCAUCAGCUCAAACUCGAGCGAUUCGGAAAGUGGACCAUCUACGUCACCCUCGCUGGAAGAGCGCAUCAACAAGCUGGACGAAAUGUACGAAAAGUGGUCCGGAAACAGUCAAACACGGCUGAACAACGCUGGCAAUGAGCACCACUUCAACAACGAUCGGCACCACAUCCAACCGGCACAGCCGCUGCCACAACUUCAGCUUCAGCACGUGUACGCUGGUCACAAUCACAUUGGUAGUGGAAACAACAACACGGGCAGCCUGAACCAGUCUCCGAUAUCGAACGUGUCGUCCUCGUCGACGUCCUCCUUUCGGCAUAAAUUUCUGGAACUGGACGUCAAGGAAGUACCGCCUUCGGACAUUGUCAAAUCGCUGCUGUCGCGAAAGUCCAUCUUUGACGAAGAUCUCAAGCGGCUGGAAAACAUUGGCGACAAGUACGAACCGGGAGUGCUGGUAAACUUCCCAAAGAAUCCCGUCACCACCACCCUGAACACCGUCGCGAUAGCCUCGACGACGAAUCCAACGGUCGUCUCACCGGUGGUCAAUACCGCCAUCCUGGCUUCGCAAUCCCCGCUGCAUGCGCUCAAGGCUCAGACGCCACCGGCUCCGAGUUUGCAACGGAUAGGCAGCUGCAGUACGUCCGGAUCUCCGAUGAACAGUCCCCAACCGUACAACAGCCCGAAUCCUUCGGUAAAAUCCGGUCUCCAGUACCCGUUCCCGAGCCAUCCUCCGUCAAUGCCCUCGGUAGCCACAGCAGCAGCAGCAGCUGUGACAACCGCCACGUCUUUGGCACCCGCCCCAACUGUGACCUCGUCGUCGACACCACUAUCGGUUGCCGGCAGCACCAACAUCGGCACGAUCGUCACGAGCACGAGCACAAGCUCUUCGGACACUGUCACGACGGCGGCAGCGGCGGCGACGGCAUCUUGCAGUUCUGCUCCCCUAGCAAAUAAACCAAAGACCAAUGUUUUAAACAAAAGUAUUAGUUUAACGGAAAAAGCAAGUACAAAUAUUUGUAGUAACAACAAUAAUAACUUAACGAAUAGUAGUAAUAACCUAACGAGUACUAGCGGUAGUAAUCACACUAGCAUAAAUGAAUCGGUUAAACUUCCGGUGUUGAAUGAAUCCACUGGAACAACUGCAACGACAACGAGCAUUGCAACACCGAAGGUAUCGAUCUCGUCAACUUCUUCUUCUUCUUCAUCGACAACAACAACAACAACACCACCGGCAGAACCAGCUAGCGUUGUGGUCUCGGCACCGAGUGCCGUCGCCUCUGCUAGCAGUGCAAAGCACACAGCAACAAUUACGACAGCAGCAGCCGCAGCAGCUCCCCUUGGCAGUACAAAUUGCGGUACAAUUAAGCUCACCAGCCAGCUGGCACCGGACAACUCCACUUCCUCGGACAGGGCAAACCAGCAUUCCAAUAGUUCCAGCACUAGCAGCAAUCACGAGCAUGAAAAGCACGACAAACCCAGCAGCAACGGUAGCAAGUCCCACCACAAGGAUCGGCGAAAACUGUCCACCGCCUCGUCAUGCUCGACUAGCUCGACCGGAUCUGUCACGCCACCUGCACCAGCUACCACAACGACGGGUCCCACUGUGGCACCUCCUCCACCACCUGCGGAAGCGAAGCCAAGCAGCGAACCAAGCACUUCCGAGCAGCAGCAAGUGCCACCGCCCAAACAUAACAAGAUCAACAAGGUCAAUCACCACGGUCACGGCCACAGACACUCGUGUGACAGUACAAGCAGCAGUUCGAGCAGCUCCAGCAGUGCUACCCACAAAGCUGGCCACCACAGCAGGAAUGCAACGGACAACAGCAGCAGCACCGACUUUGAUCGGUUGAAGCAGGACGUUCGGCCGAACGCCGUUGCCAACUGUCGGAGUGCAUCGGUGGAAAAGCGCGAGCAAGAACCACGUAAGACUAGUACCAGCAGCAGCAGCGAAGGGAAACCGGAAGAAGAACCGAAGCGCAAGGUUGAGGAGACUCCAGCGAAGGAACCCGAAGUCAGCAAACCGAAAGAGCCGGAAGAGCCGGAGCAUCAAGCGACGCAGAACCACUGCGAAGACAUGGAGAUCGGUGAGCAGCAGCAGGACAAGCAGUGUGACAAGGAAGAACCGCUGGACGAUGGACAACACAAGGAGCGUCGUGAUCGUGUCAGCUCUGUAGGAAGUAACUCGUCGGUGAGGAAUUCAUCUAAACGACGUCAUAACUCGCACGACAGCAACGAUUCUCCAACGGAGGACUCCCACGCGCAGAAGAAACACAAGCAAAACAACCUCGAUAGCAGCCGAAUUUUUGAGCGUCGGGACUCUGGCAAGGAUGGCAAGAAAGAGAAACACCACAAGAGCCACAACCGGUCGGAGAAGUCAUCCAAGUGUUCGUCAGUUUCGUCCAGCUCGUCGGAAAAAUCGGUGUCACAUUUGAACGCUCUGGCCAAGCACGACAACCACGACGAAAAGCAGCAGUUUCUGUUGGAUGAACGUCGCAAGGAGAUUACCUUCUCCAACGAGGGACAGUUGCAGCAGCAUAGUCACCACCAGAAAAAGAAGGAACGCUACCAUGAUAAACACAAGAGCAAGAAGGAUCACGAGUCGUGCCGAGACAAGGAGAACACUCAAAGUGUCAACUUUCCACAGGAAAGCUUCGCCGGCAAUCGAUCAACCAGUGAUGAGGAAGACCAAACACGUACUCACCAUAAAGCGGACCGAAAAUGUCCCAAGGACUAUGCUCCCAAGCGCUACCACAGCGAGAGUGGUGGUGAUACUAAAAAGUACGAUCGCAAGCUUAGUCGAGCGGAAUCAUCGGCGGACGAGGAGGGACGCAAAAAGAAAAAUCGUCCCAACCACACCCGUGCCAAGACAGCCAACAACAGCUCGGACACGGACGAUUCGGAUGAACCCAAGAAGCACUCGAUAUUCGACAUCCCCGAUGAUCCGAUGCCGAACAUUUCGAUGUACGACAAGGUCAAGGCGCGAUCGUGCAAAAACAUGCAAAAGCAAGAAGAAGAAAAGAAGAUCAAGGAAAAGUUCUCCAAGCUGAAGCAAUGCCGAGCCAAGCGAGAGGGUAAGAACCGAUCGAAGAGCUGGGAUGACGAUUCCGAUUCGGAUGCAAACUCGGACACCACCAUCAACAGCAAGUACAACCACAAGGACCAGCUGAACAAGAGUGGAAUGAUUACAACAUCGGAUGACGACGAUCAAAUGCCGUCGACACCUCGCUUCCGAAGGCACAACAAGGAACACCUGGCGUCCGAUUCGGAGGACGAGAAUCAUCGUAUUCGCUUCAACCGCGAUCGACUCAACAACUUGUGCGAUGACGAGAGCUCGGACGGCGAUCGUCCCAAGAAGGAAAACAUGCCACACACACCACGUCGCAGUUCAAGCGAGAAGAAGAUGUCACGCAAGAACUCGAGAUCUACCAGAAUCCAAUCGGACAGUGAUUCCGAAAAUGAAGGCACGAUUGAUCAAGCCAAGGCCGCAAACGAAAAUCAAGACAGCGAGUGUGACAAGCCGAAACAAGCUGUCCAGGACGCGGAGAAAGCACAAUCGGCCAUCCCGAAAAUUGAACCACCAAGCAUCAAACAGGAAAUCAAAUGCGAAGAGGAUGCACCAGCGGAAGAAACGAAGAAGGUGGAAAUCAAGGUUGAAACCAAGGUGCAGCCCCCGUCCGCUCUGGUUACCAGUGAUGUAUCGGACGACGAGACCGUGAAGCCCGCUGUUGUCAAGUCCGAAUUCAUACCCAGCACGAUGAUCAAGAAGGAACCGAUCGAUGAUGGGUACUCUUACUCGAAGGAACGUCUGAACCAACUGUGUGACGCAUCUUCGGAAGGAGAACCAAACAUGACGCCGGUAGUCGCCAGCGCUGAAAUUGACAACACGGUCAACUCAGCCGUUGAUCAGCUGAUGUAUGGUCAUCCGGAGGCGACCAAGAGGAAACACAAGAAGAAACAAAAGAGACAUAAGACAAACGACGGAUCGGAAGGCGAGAACAAACCCGAAAAGGAGCACUCGCCAACUAGUGACGGACUCGCCGGUUCAACAUUCGACAACUUGAAGAAGACAGCCGACGAUCAGUUGUACGUUAGCUCGAAGAAGAAGCAUAGUGGCAAGAAGGAGAAGCGACGAGAACGCUGCAAGGAAGAUUAUGACAAACCGGGCAAAUCCAAGAAAUCCAAGAACAAACACAAGGAAAACAACAACAAGGUACCGGAAAUUCCCAGUCCCAACACGAAGCGUGAGGAAAAGAUGGAGGACAUCUUUGGACCCAUUUCCGACGAUGAAUCGCAGCACUCUUCAGUCGAAACGGAAGUAUCGGUUAAGCAAGAACCUGUUGACGCCGAUACCGAAGCGAAACCAGCCGAAGAAGAGUCCAAACAAGUUGACGAUCGGCCAAACGAUUCCGAGGUAUCCGAGAAAGAUAAGCUAAAAGAGGAAUCUCGAAAGCGAAAGGAACGUAAGCGUCGUGAGCGCGAGAAACUGCGAACAACAAUGACCAUGAAGGAAGAAGAAAACAGCGUAGACUUGGACGAAGCCGGUCGAGCAUUGGAAGCGCAGCUGAUGAGUGACUCGGAUCAGAAAGCUGAGGAUGCGUCGCCUACAUCGACGGUCGGUACAAGUGGUAAGCGUUCGUCGGUGGACGUGAUGGACGUUUUCCGGUUUACCGACGGUGACGACAGCAUGGAGAAUUCGUUCAGCGAGAAGAAAGAGUCCGAUCACGGGCGCAAGGAGAAGAAAAAGAAGAAGAAACGUGGUAAAGAUGAGAAGCACAAGCACCACCACGGUAGCAGCAACAACAUCCCACCAACAACUACUCCAAUUUCGCCUACGACGAGCAAGCUGUCGCUGGACAUCAUCUCUGCGCAGCAGGAUGACUCGAAGAACAGCAUCGGCAAGCCCUCGCCGAGUUUGCCCUGUUUGCUCGACGAAAGUCCACCGUCGUCGAAUCUCCACCACGCAUCAACGGCAGCAACCGGCCCGAUGUCACCACCGACUCCGACGGGCCGUGAAAUGGCGUGUUCUACUCCGACCAAUCUGGAGGAAGCUACCCUUACGAAGGAAGAGAAUCUGUCAGCAAGAGAAGUGGAGUCGUGCUCCAAACAGGCUAAACAACAACGUAAGCCGGACAAGCUCAUUCCUGGAUUUGGCACCGACAUGGACGAACAGAUCCACGAGAAAGCUGUGCUGUCUAUUUCGGGAGAUUUCAUCAACGAAAAGAUCGCGAGCGAUGACCGUAAGCCUACGGACAUUGUUGAUCCGUUGAAACACAAAGCGGACGAUAUGAAGAUUGAAGAAAAGUCACGGGUGGUCAUUUCCCAGGAAGAAACGGAAGACGCCGUUGCGGCACUGCUUGGUGAAAGCUUCGGCACAUCCAACACUCCGGACUUCUCGAUCGACUACUCGAUUGAUCCUGUUGAGGAAUCGUCAUCCCAAUUGGUCGCUGAUACACCUCAGAUCCCAGAGGAGGAUGACGAGGAGAUGAAGAACGCCAUCCUUAGCUUGAACACUGAAGAGCACAUCAAACUGGAUAUUAAGCCGGAUACGCCCCAGUCGGAGCAUGAUUUGCAGAUCGAUACCGAUACGGACGAUCAAGCAGAGGACGAACACCCGGCCAGUCUGCUCCGCUUUGACAAUCCACCAAAAACACCCGAUGUGGAUCUUAGUCAAAUUGGCAAACCUCUGUCGGAAUCGAUCACAAGCUCGUCCGCUCCGGAUUCGGUUAAGAAGGAAGACAAGCUUGAAAUGCCUGACACUCCAGGGAAGAACGUUUCCACUGUAAGCAGUGCAUCGACAACUACUCCGAUUCAGAGUCCGAUCGCUACGUCUAGCGUUAUUUCCAAGGUGACAACAUCGACGGAAUCUGGUACGAUUGCAAGUACGGCUAGUUGUACGGUGCCCACAACGACCUGUACCAAACCUACUGUAGCGCCUGUACAAGCACCGAUCAUUGCUCAGCCACCUGUCAUUCCACCUGCAACGACGAUUGCCAUGAUUCCGGAAUCACCAGCAAAGAUUGUGAGUACAGCAACCGUAGUAACUGCAUCCAAGCCAAUGACUGUUUUCACAUCUACACCUUCACCAAUGCAGGUUAAACCAACACCUGUGGACACGCAAAAGACUCCGGUCGUGAGCAGUCAACCAGCGACAGCUCCACCAGUAGUAAGAAACCCGUACGUAAUGCUAGCUCCACCUACGAUCAACAUUCCCGAGCAACACGUCGUGUACCAACCCUCGGACGCGGUUUCAAUGUCACCAAGAGGAUCGAACGGAGCUGAUCUUCGCAUGCAGUCACCAAAGCUGCAGCAGAUUCAGUCAUCGAUUCCAUUCACCAAAGCAACGUCUCCUACCAGUCCAAAUCUACUUCGACCUCAACAGAUCAUCGCAAACCGACAAUCGCCACAGCACAGCCCGGGCUUGAAUUCCCAUCCCACUAUCCUUCAUCCUGCGUCGGGAGGACACAUGCUGGUCUCGUCACCAACAUCCAGCGGACAAUUCGCACCCAAGCCGAAUCACAUCGUACAACCACGAUUCCCUGUGGUGACGGCAUCCCCGAUGAAGAUCAACGUUCCACAACAGAAGCCUCUUGAACAACAACCGGUCUUGCUCAAGCAGCAGCAGCAGCAGCCUGUCACUAACAUCAGUCCUGUAGUUCAGAUGGCUCGUGUUGCAACAACGAUGGCCAACACGUCGAUGCCAAUGAUGGAAACACCCGGACCAACUGUGACCGUGUCUACGGCACCGAUGCCCACCAAGGGAAUGGAUGUGACUCAAAAGACGACUCUUCCUGGUACACCAUCAAAGACGAUCAUUCAUCAAACACCGGUAUACAUUCAACAUCCGCCAAGCAAACCGAUGGUAACUGCUGUGCAAUCGCCAGUACGACUUCAGCCAACUCAUCCCAGCAUUGUCGUGGCGAAGCCGCUGGUAGUUGAAAGUAAACCUCUGAAUACGAUCUCUACCAUUACGUCAAACCCGAACCACAACGUCCAGAGUGAAAUGCCAGUGGAGUCUAAAUCUGACGGCAAGGAAUUGCUAGCCAGUACAGAAACCCAGAGAAACCAACCGGAAGCGACGACCACUCAGAAAUCUGCCCCAACAACAACUGGUAGUACCGAUGCAAGUGGAAAGAAAUCUGCUGCGGAUUCUUUGCUAACGGAGGAGAACGUGUCUAAAAUUCCGAACAGUUCAAACGCCACGUCAAGUGUGUUGGGUAUCGAUCAAGAGGAUCAGGAGGGCGAUUCGAAGGAGGACAGUGACUACUGGUCCUCGAAGGAUACGAUCAUUGACUCCGUGAUCAAGAAGGUUGACGCGCUGUGUUCCGAAGACGACGCUUCCGAAGGAGGCCUGGAGCUAAACCGGGAAGAAUGGAACAAACAGGAAUCGGAAACGCUGAAGACGAGUACUGCGAACCCCGUUACAUCAAUGCCUCCGGUACCGGAAUCAGCCAAGGUGGAAGUGGUACAAGCACCCGCUUUACCAGAACCACCGGUUGUUCCGGCCGCUUCGCCUAUUGCGCUUAUUCAACCACCAUCGCAGCCACAAAUGCAGUCGGUAGUCCAGCGAACUCCACCUACACCGCCUGCUCCUGCUAUGCACGUUGAAGAAGCAGAAGAUCACGAAGAAACGGUAACAACCGCCGUUGAAUGUCCCAUUCCGGAAACAUCUACUCGUGGAGGCAAGCGGGGAGGUCGACGUGGUGGAAGAAAAACGUCAGAAAGUCUCACGACUCCAGUGAAGAUGCCCGAGCUACCAGAAGCGACUACUACUCCGGCAAAACGUGGCGCCAAAGCUGGUGCCAAGCGAGGCCGGGGAGGUGGACGCGGUGGUGCUCGUGGAGGAGCGGCGAAUGUUCAACCCACUCCCGGUGUUGGAGGUUACAAGGGUAAGAACUUCAACUCGGGAUCAGAUGUGUACGAGUUCCAUGACGAUUCGGGUGAAGAAGUGCAAUCUGCGGACAAGCAACUCCAGGACGGAGGUCGGCCUCGACUAAUUCUGACCAUCAAGAAUCAAGUAACUACAGCGGCUCCAAUGCCUACCACUAGUACGGUUCCGGUAGCUGUUACUGCUGCUCCAUUGGCACCUCUGAAUGUGACAAAUGUAACAACCAUCAACACAUCGACGGCUCAGCUGCAACCCACGACUUCCUGUCCGGCGCCACUGCUGCCCGUUGACCCACACAACAAUCCGGCACCGGCAGUCGAUGGUUCGAAAGACGAUUUCGUUCACCCGUCGUCCAACACCCGCAAAUCCAGACGUCUCCUUGAGAAGGAUGGUCGCACGACGGUGGACGACAUAAUCGACGACGUCAUCCGGAACGGGCCGUCAUCUGUGGAACCACCAACUCCGCCGAUGCAACAGCAACCACCACCGAUGCCAACGCCACUAGUUGGAGGAUUUGGACAGUUUCAACCGCAACCGGUGUCCGUUCCGACGUCUCAACCUGGAAAUCAGCCGUUGCCACAGCAACAGAUUCAAACGCAACUUCAACCCUUGCCGGUCGCUGCCGAUCAUACGGGUCGUAGAGCUACACGACAGAACGUUACCCCUGUCACAGGUGCAGGAACGGAUGCUCGGAAAUCUCCGCGAGCAGGUCGUAAGGGCAAAAAUCGUACGAUUUCGGAGUCCUCCUCGGUAGAUAGCAGCGAUGAGAAACCUGUGGGACUUGCUGCUAGACCGAAUCUUGGAGACGUAAAGACGGAAGAAAAGACACAGACAGCAACGACGCCAAUCACGCCAACCCUACCGGUUACGCGUCCGAACGAAACCGCUUCUUUGGCUGACAAGUCCAAGGAGAAGCCAAAAUCUGCCGAAGAUUUCAAGAUGGAGUUUGGUAAUUCCCAAGCACUGGGACCGCUAACGCUAAUCGACCCGGUGACGGGAGAACUGACGGUCAUGCGAACCGGCAAGGAAGGACAAUACGUCCCAUUGCCUAACGCUAACGCACCGCAACCGUUGAAGAAGGUCAUUGCCGCGGCCGCUCAGAGUGCGGAGCAGAUGAAAACUAACGCUUCCUCACCAACUCCACCAAUCUCCGCUUCGGCAUCGCCGGUUCAGCACCGAACUCCAACACCGGGUUCGGUACCGUCACCUGGCAUGACGAGAGUACCAACACCGAAUGCAUAUCCGGUCCAGCAGCAACAGCAGCAGCUUGAGGUCCAGAAGAUGAACAAACAGAGUAGUCCUCUUCCGCUAACGCUACAGAAUCAGAUGAAUCCGACGGCAAGUGCGGUAGUUGUUCCGUCGCCCCAUAGCAAUACGGGAACGAUGGUCAUCCAGCACUCACAAGGACCGCCACAAGCGCAGCAGCCGGUUGGAGUCAUGCAGCAGCAGCAAGGACCGCCGUCAUCCAAGCCACAUCCGUUGAAACAACAUGUGCUGAAUGCUCAACAGAUCAUGUCUCAGCAGCAACCACCGAACGCAGGCAAACACAUCCAGCAACAGCAGCAGCAUCCGGUGGGCAAUCAACAGCAGCACCAACAGCAAAUCAUCUUCAAAUCGGCUAUUCCGAUGACGUCGCAAACGCCCAGCUCGGGUGCAAUCCACACGACGACCGGCAAGCAGAUCCAUCCGAGCUCCAACAUCAAGAUGGCGCCCCAGAUCAUCCAACAGGGUGGGCCUCCGCCGCAGCACACACAGCAGAUCAUCAUCCAGAACGCCAUGUCCCAGCAGUCGAUGACAAUCAACAAGCACACCACCACGAUCAUCAACAAGCAGGGCCAACCGCAAGGCCAUCACCAGCCUGGCAGUGGAAAUCUGUUGAUCAACAUUCCCCAAAACAUGCAACAGCAGAUGGGCAAUGUGCCGAUGUCGCCGCGGAUGCAACAGCAGCAGCAGCAGCAACAUCACCAGGUCGUCAUUACCAACUCGAAACCUGGACCAAUGUCGAAUCAACAGCAGCAGCAACAACAGCAACAGCAUUCGCCACACAUCAUUCACAAGCUGCCGGCAGGUCAAUCGCAGCCGCAACCGCAGCAAAUCAUAAUACAAGGAGGCAAAAUACCGCCCGGCCAUCACCAGAUUCCGAUGGGCUACACAACAGUGGUACAGAGUGGUACGAAGAUCAUCCACCAGAGUACGCUGCAGCCCGGCCAAGGUCAACCCGGUGGUCCGCAACAACAGCCGAUGCCUGGAAAGCACGCCACUCAAACCAUCCAGAUUGGCCAGUUCCACGGCACGCAGACGAGUCAGUCGCCUACAACGGUCGUGCAGAAGACCAUCACCACGAGCCACGGCGGUCAGCAGCAGCACAUCCGAAUCCAGCAGCAGAAGAUCGGUGGACCAGAGGCGUUGAGCCACUUGCAGCCGGUUCACAUGAUUGGCAAGCAGCAGCUGAUCCAACCGCCCAUGGGAACGGCCGUCGGUGGCAAAAUGCUGCCCCAGCAACCGUCCCAGAUGCACCAACCCGUUGGACUGACCAAGCUGAACCACGUGGGCCCAGUCGGCAAUCAACAGCAACAGCAGCAGCCACAACAGCUAACGAUUCAGCAGCAGCAGGGCAAGGGUGGCAUGCCAUCGCACUUGCACCAGCAGCCUCCGCAGGGCAUUCCGGGCCAGAUUAUGACCGGUGCCGUCGCGAGUCCGCCGCUGAAGCACAUGCACAGCCAGCAGCCAGUUGGUGCCAGCAGUUCUCGUGUGGCGCAUCCAGCGAUCAGUCCCCAGGGAAUGCCGCCGGGUCCGCAGCAACAACCACCUCCGGGAUCGUCUUCGACUAUGAGACACGUGCAGGGACCGGGACUGAAUGUGCCACCGCAGGUGGCGUACGAAGCCAAUCCGCACGGAGAUUUGGUCGGGUUCAUUGGCCGCGGCCAGAGUCCUCCGCCGGCCCAUCAACAGCAAACGUCACCCAUAACACCGGUACAUACCGAUGCCGCCUUCCGAAGUGGGAUGCCACGGGACUAUGUCAAGUACAUUUACGCCCGCAACACCAUCCACAUGCCAAGCAGAUCACCCUUGCUGCCGGGUUCGGUUGAGCAGCGGGAACUGUCCGAGAUGGAAGAUUCGGUUGCGGCCAGUCCGCCGCUGGAGCUGCGUCGACCUUCGAGUGGUCCUCGCCCGUCAACUUCCGUACCACCAAGUCUACAAAGCCCUGGAGAACGGUCAACAGACUCACCGCAAGUGGCGCAAGUGUACAUCGGAAGUGCUCGCAUUCCGCACACCUACUCGGACUCGCUCAACACCCGGUUCUACGAUCCGGCCGCGAGUGGUCCGAACGCGCCGCCCCGCGCACUGAGCACUGAACCGCCUCCAGCGCAUCACCGACCGCACAACUUGUCGACGUCCGGCGGAAGCGGAUUCCCGCCGGGAUCAUCCUACCCGGGAACCCCGAGCCAAACUCCACCGCCGGCGUCACCAGCGAAUCUUUCGCAACUUCAACCCCAACAACAACAACAACAACAGCAGCAACAGCGCGAUCGCGACCUGCUGCAGCAACGGGAUCGUGUCACGAUGCCAGGUCACGCCGCCGCCGCCACCGUCGGUGCCGGAGCCAUCCCGAUCCAGGCGUCCCCGCUGCCGGCGCACUCUGGUGGUAUCCCGGGCGUGAUUCCAAACACCGGAAGAAACGCCGUCGUGCCCCCUAUCAGUGUGGCCAGUGGCAGCAGCAGCACUGGUGGCAACACUGGAACCCUCGUACCAUCUGGUCAACAGCAACCCACGGCGGUCCCGUCCCAAAGUGACUCAUUGGAUCAGCUGUUGCAGCGCUAUCCGGUCAUGUGGCAGGGCCUGUUGGCGCUCAAGAACGACCAGGCCGCGGUGCAGAUGCACUUUGUGCACGGCAAUCCGGGCGUGGCGGGCAGUUCGUUGCCGAGCAACAGCGACGGAACGACGCCGCCGUUGCGCAUUGCCCAGCGGAUGCGGCUCGAGCCGGCCCAGAUUGACGGCGUCGCACGGAAGAUGCAAAUGGACCAGGAGCACUGCAUGCUGCUGGCGCUGCCGUGCGGCCGCGACCGGAUGGACGUGCUGCAGCAGCAGAACAACCUGCAGACCGGCUUCAUUACGUACCUGCAGCAGAAGCAGGCGGCCGGCAUCGUGAACAUUGCGGCGCCGGGUAGCUCGCAGGCCGCGUACGUGGUGCACAUCUUCCCGUCGUGCGAGUUUGCCAACGAAAAUCUGGCCCGGAUCGCGCCCGAUCUGAUGCACCGCGUGGCCAACAUCCAGUAUCUGCUGAUUGUGAUCGCCACGGUGUAAGUACGCAUUGCCGAUUUUGACGUAUUUGUAAACCAAACUAGGAGAAUGAGGAGCAGGAGGAGACAUCGAUUGAGAGUAAAUAUGUGCGUGUGUGAAAAUGAUCUCAUUAAAUUACUAGCUUAGUACUAGAGUAUGAAGGAGAAAGAUUGAGCAGAAGAAGAAGGAGAAGGAGUAGAAGUAAAAGAAGAAGGAUCGUGCACUCUGAAACCGUUCAUGCAGUGAUAAUUUAGGGUUUUAAUGACAGAAAGACAACAAGUGUUGAAGAUUAUUUAGUUGGCAAGAUAAGGAAAGAGGCGUAAUAAAGAGAUAAGAUGAGAUAUGUGAAAAGAAAGUCUAGUGUUGAGCAUAAGUUGUUGAAUAAUAUUAUAAGAGAAAACAAAAGGGCAAGUGGAGAAACCUUUAAAAGCUACUACAUAGAUGGUUAAAUAAUCUUUAAACAAAAGGACAACAUUGAAACACAAUAUUUGUACAAUGGGCGCACGCGACGACGACGAGAAAACACGCGAGUUGAUCGUAAUAAUGCCAAACGCAGCUUUUUCCACACAACUAAUCGUUCGUUUCGGUGCAAAUUAAAAUGAGCAAAACAAAAAAAAAAAGUCCAACCUGUAACACACACAUGGGGAAAAAGAAAGUUUAUGUGAAAACUGUGAUUUUGAUCAUAUUUUUUAAGUAUUAUGAACUCUUUAUACCUUACCUACAGCGCAGAUUUAAAUCGAGAGUGAGAGAGGGAGGGGCGAACCGCAACGCGCGAUCAUGUUGAGUAAUGUUAGUAGAUUCGGUUCUUCAAACCCGCCACUCGUCUACUCUGAAUGCUAACUUAUUGUCGUCGUCAAACUGUUAUUAUUAUUUCAGUUUGAAGAAAAAAGUACCACGUGUAUACAGAGGGAGAGUCAUUGUUGAAGCUAAAGUCGAUGAAGAAGAAGAAAUAAGACGAAGAAGAAGAAGAACACAUUAUGAGGUAAAAUGUAAAUAUAAAUUAUAGCCUAAGUUGUAUAACUCAACCCCCGUAGUAAGAGCAAGAGAAGUAUAACUGUUUGUAUGAAAAGUUGAAGGUAAAAUCUAACGCAAUGUUCAGUGGAAGAAGAAAAAACGUUGUACAUUGGAGCAGGAAAGCAAGCUACACUGAUGAGUUUCCUACAAUUAACGUUAUUGUUUUAUUUUAAUGAAAAGAUGUAACUUAAGGUUAGUAAUACAUGGUAAUUCACUCUCAUGUAAAUAUAAACUUAAUGAUACUAUGAGUAAUUCAAAAAGGAAGGAAACAUUAAAAUCAUAAGCAGUUUUUAGAAGUCUACAGUGUAAGAAGGUAAAAUUAAACAA